AUGGGCCAGCGGGUGGUAGGGGAGACCUCAGCGUCAAAAACCAAAUUACUCCUGUAUCCCUCUACUCACAGCUUAUUCCUGCGUCUCUUCUUAACAGAACGAGAAACUUCAGCAGACACACAGGAGACACAGGAAGGGGUAAGCCGCUGGAAGCCGGACUUGCUCAUCGACCUGUCGGGAAGAACCACCCCUCCCAGCCCUGGGCACAGCCUUGCCCGUGGCGCUGAGCCUGGUGCCGAGUCCCAGCCCAUCAAGGAGGAGCCGGAGGACUUGAUGCAGGAGCUAUACUCCUACCUGGACUGCGGGAAACGCUUUGGGCACAAGCGGUCUCUGCUGGACCACGAGACACCCCACCCCUUCCAGUGCCUGGAAUGCCACAAGAGCUUCGGCUGGGAGGACGAGCGCCAGCCGGACAGCCACCCCCCUGCCACCUGCCCCGAGUGCACCCAGCGCCUGCGCAAGAAGCGCUCCAGCCUGGCUCAUGUGGCAGACGCCCAGCCCUUCGCCUGCGCCACCUGCGGCGCCACGUUCAGCCAGUGGUCGAUGCAGCUGCUGCACCAGAAGUGCCACGGGCCACACAGCCACUCCUGCGCCGACUGCGGGGCUGGGGCAGGGUCGGCGCAGGAGCUCCAGCGGCACCGGAGGGCCCACGCCGUGGUGGGGAGGGCCCACUCCUGCCUCAACUGCCCCCGCAGCUUCCUCUCCUCCUCCGAGCUGGCUGCCCACCGCCGGACGCACACCUCGAGCUGGCCGUUCACCUGCAGCUGGUGCCAGAGCACGUUUGCCAGCCGCAGGGUGCUCUCCGAACACCAGGAGCUGCACGUGGCGGCGGCCAGGAAGGUGCUGCCUCACGUCAAGCUCAGCUUCAGCUUCAACUGGCGGGAGUUCCUGGCGGAACAGAUGAAGCACUGCCUGCACUCCGGCUGCUCCCCGCGGCAGGCGCUCACCGAGCUGCUGCAGAAGAACUCGGAGCUGUGGCCCUACCCGUGCGCCAAGUGCGGCACCCACUUCUUCAACCAGUGGGCCCUCGCCAACCACAGGUGCGCUCCCUUGCUGAGGACGCCCGCCCAGGCCAUGACGGGGGGUGGCAGCGUGCUUUGGCAGGGGCCGGGCGCAGAUCUGCCCCCAGCCGCAUUCCGCUGCCCCUCCUGCGGCCUGGGCUUCCCCCAGGAAGAGUCGCUGGCGGCACACCUGCCCAGACACAGCGGCGAAGGGCGCCCUUUCCAGUGCCCCCACUGCAAGAACAGCUACCUGUGCAAGGAGGCUCUGGCCGGCCACGUGCAGAGCCAUUUCACCUGGCGGCCGGCCCACUGCUACAUCUGCGACCGGGAUUUCGCCCGGCCGGAGGAGCUGGUGGAGCACCUCGGCACCCAUGUGGUGGAGCACCCCUACAAGUGCGGCCGCUGCCACAAGAGCUUCCUGAGCCCCUUCCUGCUAGGCAAACACUUCCAGCAGGAACAUUCUGCCCUGGGGUAG